CCGUUAGCGCACUACACUGAGCUCCAUUUCACAGGUUCUGCUCACUAUGUAGUGCACUGCAUGCCUCAGGGAGAGGUUUGUGAUGAGACCCAGAGACACGCUGUUGUGAGCAUGGUUGAGAGAGAGAGAGAGAGAGAGCAGUUGCACGACUUUUCACAGCGCUGCUGUUUCAUUUAUUCACAACAAAAUGGUGGGGAAGAUAAAGCGCGCACGGCAGAAACUUCACCACGACGCUGUGAAGAUAAACACGUCAUUAGGUCUGGAGAAGGCUCCUGCUUUACCUUUAAACACAACUACAAAACCAGAAACACAAAUAAAGUCGGCUGAUAAAAAAGCCAGAGAUGUGAAGGCAUUUAACUUCCCCAAGCGGGUUUUUGCUGGGACUGUGAUUCCUCCUGAAGCUCUGGUGCAGACUCUCGGUGUUACUGAGCCUCCAGUGGAGCAAACAGCAAAACCAACAGCCGAACAGCCCCAAGGUGUUGCGGAAAAGAAGCAGCAGUCGAAGAAGGAGAAGAUGAAGGAGAGACGAGAGCGAUGGCUCAACAAGAUCAGCGCCAUUAAACUGGCCCGUGAGAAGCAGGUGGAGCUCGCACGCCGCAAGGCCACGCCCGUCGUCGGGGAUAUGAGGAUAUUGGCUGAUGCACUUCCUGAGCUCCACACUUUCAUCAGAGCACCUGACUUCAAGAAACAGAAAGGUAUGGUGAAGAAGAAAAAGGAACCCACAGAUUUCUGUCAGAUGAAGCCAGCGCAGAAACGCAAGCUGCUUGAAAUGGAAACGUCCCGCUUCAGUGAGGUCAUGAAAGACUCUGCCUUCAAGGCCAACCCCCUUACUGUGAUUGGUGAACACUUGAGGAAACGCCUCAAACAGGAAGAUGAGCAUAGUUAACUCCGCCUACUUUCUCUUAACAGACUCCUCCAUAAUCUCGCACACUAACGCACUCUGUCGCGCUGCCCUCACCGUGUGUGUGUGUGUUUUCCAGUUCUCCCGUUAUUAUUCUGAGUGCUCAAUUUCAGAUUAAAGAGAAGAAUCUCGAGUG